AUGCACUCGCAGCAUCCGUGUCCUCCGUCGCCCACAAGUCGCAUAACACUGACACCGGAAUCCAGUCCUGCUUCUUCAUCACACACAACCCCCCGGUGCAUUUCCCUAAAGGACAGACCCUGUUGCGUCUCCUCUCCUUCGCUUAGCUACCUACAGUCUGCUUGCUUAUGUAGUGUCACCGCGUUGCUCGCUACCCGCUAGUGUUGCUCACAUCUCUAACCGUUACUGACAGUACUUGCUUGCUGAACUAAAAGCUAACGGUCGCUUAA